GCCGCGCUGCGUGUCUCACUCGCUAUACGAACGUCUCCGCGGCAAACGAAUCGACGUUUUAUCUAAGACUAGCGGUUGCCUGGGACUGCGCCCGCGGAGGUGAAUAAUUGGACCUGUUAGAGUUUUUUAUUAUAACUAUAGAUUCUUAGAAGCUAAAAAUGGAAAAUCAAUUCCAAAUUUUAUUUGAAAAAAUGAAAAAUGAAAUGCGAAACCAAACAGACGAAUUAAAAGAAUCUAUAUUAGAGAAAUUAGACGAAAAGCUACAACCAAUUAUAGCAGAAAAUAAAAACUUGAAAACAAAAUUGGAUACUCUUGAGAAAGAAAUAGAAAGCCUGAAAAGAGGGAAAAAGCAAAAUAACUUAAUAAUUUACGGAGUUAAAGAAGAUGAAAAAUCUACGCCAGAAAUAAUACAGAAAGUGAAGGAAAUCUUCAAAGCCGACUUAGACCUACAAUUUGAAGACUAUGAGGUAAAUAAAAUUUAUCGAAUUGGAAAUAAAAAAAGCUCAUGUAAAAAACCUAGACCUAUCCUAUUUUCCUUUGUAAAUGAAUGGAAGAAAAGCGAAGUAAUGAAAAGAAAGAAAAGUUUUAAAGAUGUAUAUGUGUCAGAAGACUAUAGUAAGGAAGUUUUAGAAAAGAGGAAAAUGUUGCAGUCGCAACUGAAAGAGGAGAGGAAUAAAGGAAACAUCGCAUAUUUAAAAUUCGACAAACUAAUAAUUAGAGAGAAAGUUGAUAACACAAAAAAUGAAAAAAGAAAAAGAGAAAUGUCAACAUCACCGCAACAAAAUACACAACCAAGAAAACAACAAUAUAUGAAACCAUCCAACAAACUGAAUGCUUAUGAUUUGAUGAAGAUUAGAUCUAACUCCCUUCCUUCGAAUACGAGUACAAAUACAACAACCAAUAAGCAAUGAAAACUAACUACCUAUGAACUGAAACUACCGGAUAACAAUAAAAAACAAAAAUUAAGAUACACGAACUCACAUCUUCCAAGACGGUUGGUCACCGAGGAAGAUUAUGACCACUACCUUCCAAAGGAGAUAAAUUCAAAUAUAUGUAUAUAAAAAAAAAAAAAAAUCUCGAAAACCAUGAAACAAAAAUAAUUAUACCUUUCGUUCACAUGAACGAAUAGGUAACAAAAUGGCGAGGACCGCCAGGCAAUCCAAAUCAGACAAUCUGACAAACAGCUGUUGUAUAGGUAGACCCUACAUACGCUGGAACCGCAAUGGAAACAAAGUUAUUAAAAAUAGCAAUCCUUGGAAGAGGCCUUCACCUGAGAGGGGUUCCUAAUAGUAUAAAUAUAAAUAAGUUAAAUAUGGUACAUUGUAAAUAUUUUCCUUUCUUUGUCUGUUUAAAAAAAUCUUUAUUUAAAAUAACGUACCAGUUUGUAAAAUCUAUUUAGGAAAUAAAAGGCUUUUUUAUUUUUUUU